AAAAACCCUAAAUUCCCAUUUGACAACAAUGACGAUGAUGUCUGAUCUUUCGCCGGAGUUGGUGGACGAGGUACUGUGUAGGGCUCCGAUAACUUCUCUAGGAGCAGUAAGAUCCACUCGCAAACAAUGGAACGAAUCAUCCAAAGAUCGCCUCUUGUGUAACGCAGAACCAAAGCAGCAGUUCCUGGGGUUUAUGGUGAUGGACCAUAGGUUUUUGUCUAUGACAUUCAAUCUCCAGGGAAUACUCGGUGAAGACUUCGUUCGUCCAUCUAUCAAGGAGAUUAACGGAGGUAAUUUUGAUAACCAAAUCGACAUCUCUAAAGUGUUUUAUUCCGAUGGGUUGGUGUUAUGCGUCGCAAGGGACAACUCAACUCUCGUGGUUUGGAAUCCGUAUUCGGGUCAAAACAGGUGGAUACAUCUGGAAGAACCUUACCAUGAAACAGACAUGUUUGCUCUCGGUUACGACAAGGACAAGAACCACAAGAUCUUGAGGUUGUACGAUGAUUAUUACGAGUACAAAGUUUACAAUCUCGAGUCUGGAUCAUGGGGGGAAACAGAUCAUCUCCCAGACUGGGAUAUAGAUUCUUACCACCGCGGCGUGGCCUUAAAUGGAAAUGCUUACUUCUUGACUAAAGAGAAAGGAGUAAAAGCUAAGUAUCGUGUUGAUUACUUGCUGUGUUUUGACUUUACGACGGAGAAGUUUGGAGAUUUUCUUGAUGUGCCUUAUAAGCAUCGUAGGAACUACAUUGGGACUCUUUCUUGUGUUGGAAAAGAGAAACUCGCGGUGUUAUAUCAGAGCUGGGAUACACGUGAGAUGGAGGUUUGGGUAACAACUAAGAUUGAGCCCAAUGAGGUGUCGUGGAGCAAGUUUUUUAAAGUUGAUAUGAAACCACUCAUUAGGUUUGGUUUUCAACGUGAAGAUGAAGCUGGCAGUUUCUUCAUUGACGAAGAGAAGAAACUCGCCGUCGUUUUUAACUUAGACGGGAAAUCUGAUAAAAGGACCAAGAAGAAACGCUGUUACCACACAGCUUACGUCGUUGGAGAGAAGGGAUACUUGAGAAAAGUGGCUCUUGGAGAAGCUGUGGAGGUGGACGGGUAUCGUAUCCCGCUUAUGUGCUGUGGCUCUUAUGUUCCAAGUUUAGAGAAGAUCAACCAAAAUGAAGGAGUGCAAAUCAACCAAAAUGCUGGACGCAAAACGACGCAAGAUAAGAAGAGGAAGAGGAAGAACAUAAGGUGAAAGAGAGUACUACUACUCAACAAUAAUUGUACAAUCUUCUUCUUUCUUUUUUUCUUUUUUCUUGCAUCUCCUUUUCAUUAGUGUUUGUUUGUUUUUGUUAUUUCUUUUUGCAAUGUCCUUUGAACAAGACUAGUCAAGAACUAUUUCGUUUCCGUUUGGUUGAAGCAGUUUUAAAUAAUCAGAAACUUAGUUCUUUCCU